AUGUCCCUCAAAGUCACCCAGCAAAAUGGGAUCUCGGUGUACACCAUCAGCGGCUCCAACACCGGCCGCUCGCUGCCCGACUGGCUUGCGCGCAAACGGAAGAGGUCGCUCAAGAAUGACGAGGCCUACAUGAACCGCAUUGAACUGAUUCAGGACUUUGAGUUCGAGGAGGCAAGUCAAUGCAUCAAGGUCUCGGAGGAUGGGGAGUAUGCUAUGGCGACUGGAACCUACAAACCCCAACAGCACAUCUACCACCUCCCCUCAUCAGCAUUGAAAUACGCCCGCCACACCUCCUCCCUAAAUAUCAAGUUCAUCCUCCUAUCGACCGACUAUACAAAAUCCCUUCAUCUACAGACCGACCGCUCCCUCGAGUUCCACACGGCAAUGGGCUGUCACCACACUACUCGUAUCCCCCGCUACGGCCGCGACCUUGCCUAUCUAAAGCCUUUUGCGCAUGUAAUUGUCCCUGCCGAAGGCAAAGAAGUCUUCCGUCUCGACCUCGAAGGCGGCCGCUUCCUGAAACCUUUCGAGCUCGGCGGCUACGACGACAUCGACGCAACCGUCAACUCCGUCGAGUGCGUGGGUGUCGCCGACGGCAGCCACGGCCUCAUGGCCUUUGGGACCGACCUAGGCACCACAGAGUUCUGGGACCCGCGUAGCCGGAACCGCAUUGGCGUGCUAUCCCCGCCACCAAAAACUAGCAUCUACAACAACGUGCUCGGGGAAGCCGCCACCCCCGGUGUCACAGCUGUCGAUGACACUAUACGAUUUGCGUUCGCCGACCCCACUGCUGUCGAAAGACCAAGGAUACGGCUUCCCAAUCCAAAACCUGGCUUUCCUACACUCCUCGACCAACCGCGCAUCCGGCCUCGAGAACGCCUACGAGUCCACCUCAACCCCAAGGUCCUCUCCUCCUGCAAGCGUAUCAUCAAGAUCUGGGAUGCGACCAACGGCAAGCCCUGGACCUCGAUCGAGCCCUCCGUAGACCUCAACGACGUCUGUGUCGUACCCAACUCCGGCAUGAUCCUCACCGCCAACGAAGGCCGCGAGAUGCACUCCUUCCUGAUCCCCGCACUCGGCCCCUCCCCCUGGUGGUGCGCCCACCUCGACACCCAGAUCGAGCAGCUCGCCGACCGCUUCAUCAACGACCCCGAUGCCUACGUCACCGGCGCCGCCCCCAACGAAAUCGUCACAUACGACAACUACAAGUUCCUUACCAAAGCCGAGCUCACAAACCUCAACCUCGACCACCUCCUCGGCGGCAACACCCAGAAGGGCGGAAGUCUCAUCAGGCCAUACAUGCACGGUUACUUCAUCGACCAGCGCCUCUACGACGAGGCGCGCCUCAUCGCCGACCCCUUCGAGUGGGAGCGCGAGCGCACCCGCAUGGUCAAAGACAAGAUCGACAAGGAGCGCGAGUCCCGCAUCCGCUCCACCGGCAAGGGCCCAAAAGUCAAGAUCAACAAGCGCCUCGCCGAGCGUCUCGCCACCCUCGAACAGAAGCUGGAGCGCACCCGCAAGCGGGAAGGCGCCGGCUCCGACGACGAGGAGGCAGCAGACGAAGAGGCAGCAGCAGCACCGAGAGACGAAAAGAAGGUCCUCAAGGACGACCGUUUCAACAAGCUCUUCCAGAACCCCGACUUCGAGGUCGACGAAAACACCCUCGAGUUCCAACAACUCAACCCCUCUACCAAGCCCCGCGGCCGCACCGCUGCCGAGGAAGAAGACGACUCGGACGCCGCCGCACCACGCCCCAAGGGCCUCAAUCUCGACUCGGACUCGUCCUCCUCGGAAUCCGACUCGGAGCCAGACUCGGACGACGGGAAGCAGCACAACCAGAAAUCCGCGCGCAGCAAGAAGGCACACCAGAAGAAGGCGGCCAAGGCGGAGCCCGAGAUGCGCAUCUCAACCUCGUCGUACAAGAAGAGCGGUCACGACACGCGGGGCUACCCCUCCUCGGGCGUGCAGAAACGUCUCAACAAAGAGAGGUCCUUCGGCGCGCGUGCGGCCUCGGGCGAGGGUGCUGGCGGGCGGGUCAAGCGUGGUGGGCCCGCGCAGAUUAUGGGCGAUCGGGAGAUCUCGUUCUUUGCCAGUGGGUCUAAGCGGGGUGGUGCUGAAGGUGGUAGAGGUGGUAGAGGUGGCAGAGGUGGUAGAGGCGGAAGAGGUGGUGCUAGCGGAGGAAGGGAUCCGAAGGAGAGGAGGAGUGCCAGUGGGAAUGCGUUUAGGAGAGACGGGGUCGCAAAGUAA